AGCUGUCAUGGCAGCGUCCAUGACUACCGAUCAGAGCUGGUUUUUUGCUCUGGCUCUCGGGGUUUCCUUUCUCAAAUGUCUCUUGAUAAAUGCCUACCACUCUACGGAUUUUGAGGUGCAUAGGAACUGGCUUGCCCUUACACACAGUCUGCCAGUAUCACAGUGGUAUUAUGAGGCUACGUCUGAGUGGACGUUGGACUAUCCUCCGCUGUUUGCUUGGUUUGAAUAUGGACUUUCUCAUAUUGCCAGAGUUUUUGAUAAAGAAAUGCUGGUUGUUCAGAAUCUGAAUUACGCAAGUGCUGCCACAGUGCUUUUCCAAAGGCUGUCAGUUAUUGUGGCUGAUGCUCUCCUUUUUUACGGAGUUAAAGAGUGCUGCAAAUGUUUGCAAGAGGACAAAGGAAAAUACCUUUUUGGGAAGCCCUCCAUCCUGGCAGUGUUGUUGAUGUGGAACUUUGGGCUUUUAAUUGUUGAUCAUAUUCAUUUCCAAUAUAAUGGCUUCCUGUUUGGUGUUCUUCUUCUAUCAAUAGCAAGACAUUUUCAGAGUCGACACUUAGAGGGGGCCUUGCUGUUUUCUAUACUUUUAAACUUGAAGCAUAUAUAUAUGUACAUUGCCCCUGCAUAUGGAAUCUUCCUGCUGAGAUGCUUUUGCUUCACCCAGAACAAUGCAGAUGGUUCUCUGCAUUGGAGAAGUUUCAGUCCUUUGCGAUUGAUAGCACUUGGAACAAUUGUCGUGUCUACUUUUGCAGUGUCAUUUGGACCAUUCAUAGCCCUGGGCCAGCUUCCACAAGUCCUGUCUCGACUGUUCCCUUUCAAGCGUGGACUUUGUCAUGCAUACUGGGCACCAAACAUCUGGGCACUUUACAAUAUUGCAGAUAAGGCUUUUUCCAUUCUGGGUGUGAAAUUCAAACUGCUUGACAUCACCAAACUUCCCAAAGCCUCAAUGACUGGUGGUCUUGUUCAAGAAUUUCAGCACUCUGUAUUUCCUUCAGUCUCUCCUUUAGCAACCCUUGUGUGUACAUUACUGUCAAUCUUGCCUGCUCUUUUCAAGAUAUGGCAUAGACCUGAUGGAGCGAGAGGAUUCUUACGCUGUCUUGUUUUAUGUGCCCUUGGAUCUUUCAUGUUUGGUUGGCAUGUACAUGAAAAGGCCAUCCUGUUGGCUAUACUGCCUUUGAGUUUGCUUGCAGUGGAGAGCAGGCAAGAUGCCAGGAUUUUUCUUAUACUCAGUACAACAGGCCAUUUUUCACUAUUUCCCCUCCUAUUCACAACACAAGAAUUGCCUAUCAAAAUUUUUCUCAUGUUGAUCUUCACAAUCUUCAGUUUUACUUCAUUAAAAAAGCUAUUCAGGAAGGAAGGAGCUCUGGUGAGCACACUGGAAGCAGUGUAUCUUUUGGGUCUGAUUCCUCUGGAACUCAUCUGUGAGUUUGUUUAUCCCCUGACUGUCUGGCAGAAGACUUUCCCCUUCCUCCCUCUGAUGCUCACCUCUGUUUAUUGUGCGCUGGGAGUGACAUAUUCCUUCAUCGGACUGUAUAUAACAUUGCUGACGUGUUCAAACGCCAUAAACAAAGUGAAAAUCCAGUAAAUUGUGUAAUUCAGUUGCUGGGGGUUAGACACUAAGAUCCAAUGUUAUUCAACAUAUUGAAGGACUGUUUUUUUAUGAGUUUAAUGUUUUCUUUGUGAUCAAGAUCUUUGGACCAAAGGAAUUAAUGAAAGGUUCUUUCUUGGAAAUUGUUUGAUAUGGUUUAGGGAUAUGCAUAGCUGUGUAUUAAUAUAGGCUAUGGAAACAAAUGUCUAUUUUUGUAAGGUGCUUUAGAAUUUUUGAGGUAAACUUUUCUAUACAGACAGUGUUUGGUUUUCAUUUCUGAUACAAGUAAACAAUUGUUUGUUUAAAAGUUUUAUUAAGGCAACAUAAAUAUUCCAUACCAGAUAAUAUAUUACCUGAUUGUUACAAAGUACAGAAAGACAAUACGCUAUUGAAGAACUUGUGUGGAAUGUGUCUAGACUGAAAAUGAUCAAAUACACAAAAAUCUCACCAGAUGCAAGUCUAGAUUCCAGGGUAUGAAACUGGAAUAAUCUCUGUGAGGAAGCUUUGAACUAAGCUUUCAUUGCCUCCAUUAAAAGACACCAUUUCAAAGUCAAGAAGGCCAGUUUAAAACACUUCACAUCUUCUUAAGACACCACUUUAACCUUAAAAGUCAUGAAAGCAUAUCAAGAAUUCCCCCUUUUUUCCCCCAGUUAUGAUCUAUUCAGAAUUCUUGUGUGGUAUGACAUACAAUGGUAUGUGUUUGAGAACACUGUUAGUCUAAAUCACAUUUAUACUGGAACUAGUUACUUAUUUGUGACACCCUUUUAUUUGUUUUUGAUAGCUGCCUAUAUGUCCUCUAAUGUGAUUUUACAGCAAUAUACAAAUAAAUGUCUAUAUGAGUUUGAAAAAUGCAGUUAAAGUUUUGCACACAUGAACCAUUCAACAAGAGUUUAGAUUGGACAAAAAUGUUUCUUGGCCUAAAGCAACAAAGGUAGCAAUGCAGUUUUGUGAGAUUCUGCAAAAUGCGACUGAAUUUGAGAUGUAUAAAGUGCGGUUUUUUGGUAUUCUAUACCUCAUUUAAUUCCCUUUGUUCUCUUGGAAAUUCAGACCACAAAGGCAAUGGACUGUCUCCCAAUUCACUCGCAAUAUAUUGACACCAUAUUGAUACCUCUGGAUGCCAUAAACAGUUUAACUUAACAGGUUUAAUUACAGGAUGGAUUACGGUUGUGCUUAUCAAUGAAAGUCACUACUUGUAUGUUCAGCUUUCAAUACUGAGUCUUUCUUUAUAAAUCACAGAGUCGUUCACUCCCAAGUCCUGCCAGCAGUUCCUUGGUCCUCUGUACUCCUUAUCGCAUGAUUAGAGGAUCAAUGAUUGGCUCAGGACAGCUCCGACACAAUGAUCCGGGAUUCGUCUGAAUUCUCCCCAGAACUUCCUUCCGUGGGGAUCACGCAUGCCGUGAGGAGCUACAUCUGAUACUCAGAGUGGGAUUGCCGAACAUCUUGAAAAAUUGUUCUCAGAUGGGGGAAUGUCAUAUUUUUUUGUCCC